AUGAAUAAAUACAUUUUCCUCUUACUAGUAAUUACAAAAUUGAACACAUUCGCAUGUUACGUUAGGCGCGCAAAAAUUUUUUCUGGCAACAUCAUGAGGAAGGACAAAGACAAGAUUAGGAGCGAGAAUGGGGGUCCAUUUAAAUCCCCAGAGGCUACUCGUACUGUGCGCGUUGUAAGGGGGUGUUACGGGGGAAGACGCAAAGGGGAGUUAUUUUAUUUGAGAGCCCCGCUCUACGGUUCGUUUGGUAACUCGCUUGACAAUCCUCUGUGGAAAGGGCCCCCUUCCGAAUGCAGCGCAUCCAGCGCGCCACCCCCUUGCGCACGUCUGGAACAUGGGGGAAACAAAACCCAGCUCUUCGCCAAGACGCAGAAAUAUGUGGAAAACCUGAGGAAGGUAAAAAAAAUAGACAACACUAUACUUGGGAAUGAUUUCCACGGGAAAGAAAACGAAAUAAUCCAUGAAAUCCCAGACAGAUUUCUUAACGCAUUCAAGUGGGCAUUACAAUUUCGGUUAAAAAACUUUAACUGUAAAUUUAUGAGAUUAUCCAAAUUGGCGAAAAAAAAUAAUGAAGAAUUAAAAAACUACGAGGAUUAUGCUAUAGGGUAUAAAGAAAACUUAUUAGCCAUGUUGCAGAAGGAUAAAAAUUUCUUCCUGGACAUUGUAAAUAAGUUGAAAGCAAAGGAUUAUUUUAAUUUUGAUAUUUAUUCUAUCUUCAGAUUUAUCAACAUAGAUGUUCGUUUUUUUUUCUUUCCUGAAUGUCAUGACCAGUCGGCUGUUUUUUUCCUCAUUUUCGGGAACCUGGAAAAAGCCAUUGACUAUUUUAUUCGGAACAAGGACACCGUUGAUUUUAUGGAGAUGGAGAAGUAUAAGAAGAUGGGGGAUAGUAGCGAGGUAAGGCUGAGUAUACGACAGAGGAAGAGGUUGAGGAAGGCGGAACGGAAACGUGAGAGGGAGGAGCGGCAAAGGGCGUAUAUGGCGCGGGGGGGGGCUUCCUCCUUGGGCGACACAGACGGAGGAGUAACCACCGCAGACGAAGGGAUUGCGAAUGGAGAAAAUGCCGAUAAAGAAACGGUGAAUGAGGAAAGUGCGGAUGAAGAAAGUACUGAUGACGAAACCGUGAAUGAGGAAAGUGCCGAUGAAGAAAGUACUGAUGACGAAAUGACAAAUGACGAAAGUGCCGAGGACAAGAUCUUCGACGAGGGAGCAACGCCUGACAUCUCCAUAAACAGCAUAAGCGAGGCUGCCCCCCUGGAGGACAAAUUCGAUUACUUCCUAAAACACUACGAUGAUGUGGAAUUCUUCUUUAUGAAGCACUUCAAGACGCCAGAAGAGUUAAAAUGUUUUUUCGAAAAAUGCCAUGAGGAAGAACAUAAAAUAGAAAAAGAAGAAAUAAAUUUUAACGCAAAGGGAGAGGAAAUCAUAACCAAGAACCAAGUGCUGAAAAAAGGGCUGAACUUAGAAAUGAUAAAAAAAAUUAUUAAAACAUCGCCGAGGUUAUCUUUAGUAAAUAAAAACACCAUUCUCAAAAGAAUAGCUCAUUACAAAAAUGAAUUAAAAUAUGGGCAUGACGAAUUGGUGCAUAUUUUGUAUAAUCUCCCACAAUUCUAUGCCUUUGGAAAUUUAAAAAAAAAAUAUAAAGAAUUGCUAUACCUUCACGAGUCCAUAGAAGAAGAAGAUUUAAAUACACUUAUCAAAAAGUAUCCAAGGAUAUUCACCUACAAUGUGUACAGAACCAUAAGACCCAAACUCUUAUACCUCAUUAGACAUAUGAACAAAACAUUUCGAGAUACUCUAUCCUUUCCACAAUAUUUUAGUUAUAGCUUCCGUUUAAGAAUAAUUCCCAGACAUGUUGCCUACAUGAAUAUAUAUUAUGAUAAUUAUAUCAGUUAUUACAAGGAGUUGCUGAGGACACACAAUUAUGAUGACUUUAACAGGAAGUUUAAUGAGUUGGUUUAUAAACCCGACAUUCCACCGAUAAAUUUGAAGAUGCUUCUGCAAACGUCGAACAAAGAUUUUAUGAAACAUUAUAAAAUUAGUUAUUACGAUUUUGUCAAGUCCACACAGGUGGCUAAAGAUAUUCACAAUCCGUUCAUCCUCGUGUGA